UCGUACCCGUGGGUAAGGAUUUUGUGGGCAUUUUUCUUCAAUCUGGGCCCUUCGGACUCCCGGUAAGUACUCGUCCUGAAGAGGAGGGAAGAGGGAGGAGAGGCAGGACUAAGGUAGCCGUCCGGUCUAUUCCUGCUAACCGAGAAUAAUACGGUAGUUGGAUUCGUAACCCUGGCUGCGGAUUCACUCUGUCGAACUGGUUGGCAAACCAACUGGUUCUCCUUCCUUCCUUCCGUCCUUAGUAAUGGCGAGCAUAGGAUGUUCCCUACCCCCUUGAUCUCAUAUAUCUCCUGGUUUCUUGUCUCCCUCUGAUCCUCUUUUUUAUCUUCCACUCUUUACCUAUUCUCAGACGUUGGCUAGUCAACACACGGAUCCACACAAUUCCUGCACCCAAUCCAGUCCCACCUACCGAUAGACCCUGGUCUCGUUGGAUAGGUGACCCUUGCCCCUUCACUCCCACUCACUCGGCGAAAAGAGAGAGAGGAAGCCAUUGAGACUUCGUCACGGAUAACGAAUUGGCUACUAUGGACCACAACUCCGAUGCCAGCAGUAUGGCAGCCGUGACUCGCAAGGAGAGUCGAUUGGAGCGCGCAAAGAAGCGUUUUCCGUAUUGGAUAAUGCCACUGAUAUGUGCUGGUGUUUGGUUCUGUAAGUUUGAUUCCUCCUUGCUCUCCUGUCAUGCGAAAGCCGUUUUGGCUCGUGGUCACGGUAGGGGACUGACUUUGGGAUGUUCUAGCUAUGCUUUGGGCUAUGAUGAUUACAUGGCUUGCUCAGGGAAAGCCGAUAUAUCCUUCCAUGAACAGGGACCAGACCAUUGCCUACAUUUCGGAUAUUGGUGCCCGACCCAGACUCCGGGAUGAUGAAGGGUGUUUUGGGAGGCGAGUUUGCUAAUGUCUGGGGAUCAGGUGCCAAUGUCCUCAAGCCAUUGUUUGUCACUGGAUGUGCUAUUGCCGCCGUAGGGUUUGUGUUCUCGCUGGCUUUUAUGCGUACGUCCCCCCUCACUGGUUGGUAUCGUUAGGGGGCGAAUUAAUUGCUAAAUUUCCAAAAAUAAAUAAAUCACAGGCCGGAAUCACGCCCUCAGGUCCCGUCUUGAAAGCACUAUGGAUUGGCUCGCGCUUGCAACAGGGUCUCUUGGGGCUGUGUCCCUGAUUUUGCUUUCUGUGUUUGAUACGCAGAGACAUUCUUCUCUUCACAAACUUUUCUUGUUCCUGUUUAUGCUUGGUGGGAACCCACCGAAUACUUGAUCUUGUGAGUCCCUUGGAAUAAAUCUAACCGUGUGGAACUAUAGGCGUAGUCCUCUCUGCAGUCUUUACAACGGUCGAGUACUGGCGCCUUGGAAGGACCUACGUCGAACACCCGAUUUUGAGGAAAAGUUACUGGACAAAGACCGGUAUUAUCAUCAUCGAAGUUGGAUUGUAAAACUCCUACAUCUCAUCGUCACUAAACUUUUCCCUCAUACUGACAUGGCCUAGGUCCAUCGCAUUCGGAACCACAAUGUACAAACGUAAAUCCAAUGCAGCAGCAGUUCUUGAGUGGCGUAUGUUCCCAAUAUCUAACCGCAUCGUGUAGACUGGAGCUAACGUAAUCACCCUAGUGGUCGCCUUCUUCUUCACAUUCUACGUCAUCUCUUUUUUCUACGAUCUCCGACCUAAAGCCCGGACGAAGGAGGAAAUCCAACGUGAGGCCAGGCGUGAAAUGCAGAGAAUCUCCACCGGCCAAAGCUUAAACCCGCACCGGGGACCCCAAAGCCAAACCCAUAAUAACAUGUCGAGGAUACCGGAUUUCUAAAAUCACCUCAUUCCCUUCAAUACAUUCACUGCCGCACCAUACUACACACACUAUGGGGGUAUACGACGCUACGCACUGUACAUACUACGGCCGCAAGAACCACCCAACAAGGCUUUUCCUCUCGUUUCCCUUUCCUCCUCAAAACCGUUAUAUUGCGUCGGCGUUCAAGUUUUCUACUUUAGCUUCUAAGAUUCUGUCGCUUUUUUUUGGGCGGCGCAAAAUACAUCAUGGGGGUUUAUUUCCUUUUUUGUUUGGAUCCGUGUUUAUAGUUUUGCAUGGGCAACUUUUUUCUGGCCAUCAUUACUUUUAUUGUGCUAUAGGGUUAUGGAGAGGAGCAUUAUUAGGGGGGUUUUUUUUUCUUUUCAGGAAUUGAGCUAUCAUACGAAGGGUAGAAUAAAUGGUUGGGGCGUUGGGGCGGGAGAAGUUUGAGGGAGGGGAAGCUAAUGUCUGGUAGACGCUAGAUGAUAUGUACAACACAGUAUUAUUAGCGGGGCGGGUUAUUAUUUUUGGAGGUGUUGGUAAUUUCUGAGAGUUUGUGACUACCAUUUAUUCGUUGGUUUAAAGUGGGCGUAGUGCCAGACCCAAGCGCUGCAGUAUCUUGAUGGAGGGAUUUGCGCUGGGCGGGUUGGUAUAGUAUUUCUGACCCCGCUGCGGAAAAACAUGUUCGCUUUUUGGGAACAGUUUUUGGGGUGCAGGUUUUGAAGAAAUUAAAAACGUGGGUCAGAAAAGGCUGUCUGAAUGAUGAAUCCUAGUUUUAUACGAGUACUCGUAGUACAGUACUCGAGUACACCUAGGCGAGAGAUGUAAGCAAAAUAGCCAUCAUGAUAGAACAUCAUGAUCCGGGAUGAACAAUUCGCGGUUCUAGCUAGGUCUUAGUUUAGCCAGUAACUUGGACUAAUAAACAGCCAACAAAUAACACCUAGCCACAAGAUGCCCUUGUAUGUGAAGCGCAGUAUCAUAUCAUACAGCACUGCGCUCGAGCACUAUAAUAGACAGAUAGACAAAUAGACGGCCCGGCAUGUACUCGAGUACGAUACGAUACGAUAUCAUUAUCGUGCACCUUGUCCAGCCGAUAGUGUACCUAUCGUACUUUACCCCUGCCAAUCCCCUCUCGGGGGCGUUGAGAAUGGUAGGCAAGUUGGGUAGGUAGGUAGGCGGGGGUGGUGGCGGGAUGGUGCCGACGACUGACGGAAUGGAACGUAUUAUACGAGCAUUAUACGAGUAAGUUAGUUAUCAUAGUUAGUAUGACGGUUUUGUUACAUAUUCAUCUACAACAUCUAUCCAUUUAUGAUUUUCUUUCCAUUUUUCUCUCUUUUUCUUCCCCUCUCUCGUUGAUGUCAUGAUUGCUUUUGAAAACCUUUUUUUUUUAAUUUUUUAAUUAUUUGUUUCUGGAUUAUUGUUGUUUUUCUUGGUUUGGGGGAUGAUUGGGCUAUAGUCUGAUAUUGAUAUGAUAUGAUCUGGAGGGAUGAUUGGCUUGACCUGUUAGACUAUGAUAUCAUAGCUGUUGUCCGGGGAUCUGGCUGUGGGGUUCCUCUGACUUGGGGCGAUGAGGGGAAGUGGGGGAGAGGACUCAGCUUUGAUAACCUCGGUAAGUCUGGUAUGAUAGCGACCGAUCAUGCCAGUAACCGUGGGUCACGGCUGAGGAGCAGACAGACCAUGAUGUGGUACCAUGUGUGUAGAGAGAGAUUGAUCACACUCUUUAAACAAGGCCUCCGUGGUUGAAGGCAGAAGGAAAUGCAUAAUCACCAAUCAUCGGCCCCGCUAUCGUAAUCCUAUGGUGGGAAAAUAAGAUGGAAUAAAAAUGCUCCCUUCCAGAUUAAUCGCCACACCGGCCCCAUUCGCUCCUUCAUGCCAUAUCAAUUAUCAUUACCAACUACCGUGCCCUACUCUACUAUAUCCUGCCCCAGCAUUGCACUGUACAAGGAAGAGAUGAAUGAAAGAUGAAAAAGUCCCAGAUCGUGAGUGGUCGUCUUACAAAUGCAUGCACCCGUACACCAAUCGCACAAAGGGAAGAACAUUAAGAGAAUGAAUGGGUGAAUGAGUGAAGCGCCAUACACUACCGAACCCAACCCACCCGGGAGAAAUGAAAGGGCGGAAAUAGUGAUAUAUAACGGGACAAAGCUAUUAGUACACCCCCAACCCCCCUCCGUCUCCUCCAUCUACAAGUUCUCAAAAAACCUACUCCCAACGGAACUUCUGUUGCCUGGCUCACCGCCCGAGGCUUCUCUCUCCAAGGGCAACUGCUCUCCCGAGCGGUCCAUUGCCACCAGCACCGGCGGUGUGCCAGGGAAUGUAUCACGUUCUUCAGUUCCGUCCGAGUGAUUUUCUGUGUCUGACUCUUUUCUCCUUUGGGGACCGUUGUUACUGUUGCUGUGGCUGUUGUGGGCGGCACCGCCACUGCCGUUGUCGCCGUCAGAAACGUAUACUUCUGGCACUAUUUCUCCGUGGCAUUGGGAGGAGUGGAGACUUGAUACCGGAGAGCUUUUGUGGGAAGGGUUUCUGCAGGUUGGGGCUGUGGCGAUUGGCGCUGGCGGAGGAGCGCCUAGGAGAGCGACUUCGGUGAGGGUGGGGGUAGUCGUCAGGGUUUGAGCACCGUUGGCUUGGGGGGCAGGUGGUGGUGGAAUGUUGGAGUACCGAGACGGUGCUGUAUUGUAAUUGCUUGAAGGAUUGUUAUUUGUGGUUACCAUUGCGCCGGCGGUGGGGAAUUCUUUCGAACCGGUACCACUAGCAUUUCGGAAGUGUCUUCUCGCGCGGAAUUUGUUGAUUAGUGCUCGGAGGCCUUUUUUCUCUUUUGGCGGGGGGGUUAUCGGGGUGUGAACGCUGAAAUUGCUGUCGCUAUUGGAUGCUAUUGGCGCUGGCAGUUGUACCGGUUGAUUGUUGCUUCCGUUGUUGCUAGCCUUUGCUCGCUUGCUGUCGGUUUUGAAGGAUUGCCAACGCUCUUUGAGGUGACGUUUUUCACUUUCCUUGCGGCGUUUUUCUUCUUUUCCCAUUGCUGUGGAGUUUGCAUUCCUACUAUCAGCGUAUGAUUCUCGGCCGGAUGGUGUUGAAAGUCAUUUGCUGCGGCAAAGGGCAAGGAAGGAGGGGGAGAACAAAAAAAGGAAAAAGCCUUAUGGGGUAAUGCGGGGAUGCUUGUUGUAUAUUUAUAUUUUACAUACCUCUAGCUCGCUUUAGUUCUUCUUGCGUCUCCUCCUCCUGCGCCCUCCAGACUUCUUGGAGACGUUUCUUUUCUUCCAGUUCCGUUCGCUCCUCUGCAGGUCCUGCCUUUUCCGCAAAGACCCGCGCUCUUUCCGCCUCGGCUUUCCUAGUCAUACCAUCUAAGACAGGUCUCACAUUUCUCGCUGCAAUGGCGUCUAUCUCCUCGAGUGUCAUGUAUCCUCCGCCCCCAAUGCUGACCUUACCGUGAUUCUGAUGCUGACGCUUAUCGUGAUCCGCCUGGGCUAGUUCUCUCGCUCUAGCUUCCCAAUCCUCCCGGCGGACUAAACCUUUGGAGUCGGCAAUCUGGCGGUCGAGUCCUGACAUCCGCGCCUGAACGUUUCGUUGGGCUGUCGCCAUAAGCAGCACAGCGUUCUCGCCACGUUUUUUAUUCUCUAGCCUGGUCAGAUUUUCGCGCGAAUGGGAUGGAUUCCUAUCGGUUCUUCGGCCGUGAUCACUUGCGCUUGCGCCCUCAGCCAUCGCUGACCGAGACCGACUGAGCGAUGCUUGGGCUCCUUUUGCCCCUAAGAGGGAAGCAGAGGGCUCGGGGUCAUACCCGAUUAGAGUCAGACGCUCUGCAGCGACCUUGCAUGCAGCCACGUCGAGAUCCGGACCGUAGAUUGGAUGGUGCGAAGAUGGCGGGGUUGUUGCAGGACGCUGCCGCUCUCGAGACGGCACACCAUUUCUCUGUCUCGGUGAGUCAGGUGAGUGGAUGUCGCAAUCACGUUUAGACAUGGAUAUUGUGGCUGCCCGCAGAAUAUCCGAUUUGCGCCUUUCCUGCUGUGAAACUCCGCCCGCAUUAUUGAGAUCGCUUUCGACGAGCCGCUCGAAAGCCGGUUCUACGGCGUUAGACGCACGUCGAACCAUUGGCAUGUGAGCAAGAGAUGCGGCCGUCACAGCGUUUCCUGAGAUCUUUGUCCCCGACUCGUGUCGGGGAGUUGAAGCGGGCCCGGUGCUGGAAGCUUGCAUGGCUCCUUGAGUGCCAGUCAGCGGCGAACUCUCUGGAGGGUGCCGUUCUGUAUGGGGGUUUAUACGGUCGUUACUAUCCUCCAAAGCGUGGAUAGCUGCUUUUCCUGCCCCAGUUCCUUGGGUCGGUUUCCAUGGUUCAACUCUUCCAGGGUUAGCAUGGGCUAGACAUGCUGCUGCCCCAGCUGCGGAUAUGGGAUCAGGUUUCCAUAUUUCCACAACCUUAGCAGAAGUGUGCGCAAGAGAAGCUGCCGCGGCGCCUGCCGCCUCAGGGUUUGCUAAACCAACAUUGCCGAAACUUGGCAAUUCGUGAGCUUCCGCUCGGCGCAAGUAGUGGGAAGCUAGUAGUGGAACAUGUCAGCAAGCUGGUGUAAUCGCGUUUCUGAAAUGCGAUUCAGAAAGACGGACAAACCAGCGCCCUGUUUAGGUUUUGGAAGCGGAGAGUCUAAAUCACUCCCUUGGCCGGAUUCUUCCGCCUGACACUCCAGGAGGCUUCCGUCGCUAGCUCGGUUCGCAGCAGGGCCAGUAGGCCUUGAUAAAACCUCGUCAUCAGUCUGCGUAGAAGCGGUCUGCAUCGGCACACCCCGGCUCCCAGCAGACAUUGUGUCCGCUGCUGCAGGGGCUAUAGGGACAUGAGCAGGGGUGGCCGCCGAAGCAGAUAUCGAGGGUGUGGACGGGGUAUCCGUCGUACCUGCUUCCGACCAGUCUGUUGGGUUCUUGGUCGGGAACAAAGCUGGGGGUGGGGCCAACAUAGUGGACAUUUCUCGUGGCCGACGGUUCCCCCAAGUUUCCCGUUCCGCGGCUCGCUGGUUUUUGGUAGUUUUUGUAGAGAUCGGGUGGGGAGGGGACUGCAGACAAUUUAGGAAAGAUGACUGUAGAUAGGAGGGAAUGGAAGGGGGAUGACUGGGUGGAAAGUUGCAGGCGUGGGGGGGAAAUUAAAGUAAAAUCUGACAACUUGGUUGUGGUCCCCAGGCCGGUUAUGUGGGAUUGCCAGUGCUCAAUUACACAGGCUCUAGCCCUACCGGUCUGUGAAGUUCAACCCUCUCCACGGGGCAAUGGAUAGUAGGCCCGAGUUGAACGAAUGAUCGUCGACAGGGAGGUGGGCUAGCCUCGCGGUUUGGCGGAGUUCAAUCACAUGUGAUAAAGCACUUGGACCUGAUGGAUUGGAGGGAAGGGAGCGAGAAGGAAGGAGGAGGAG